GAGAAACUGAACAGAGACGUUCGUCGUUGGACCUGCUGCUGAUCAACGUAAAUUCACAAAUUACUGGAUUUUAAACCUCUAUUGUUUCUCUGUUUAAGCUACAGGUUAAUUUGGAGAUGAGUGUCAUGGCAGCCCUGUGUGUGAACGUGGUGACAGUCAACAUGUUACUGAGUGUCUUCUUUCUUUCGGGUGUUUGGGCUGAAUGUGAUGAGAAAACAGCCCUCAUCAUUACUGCACCAAAGAAGAUGGAAGCACUGAGUGGAUCUUGUUUGAAAAUCCCCUGUAACUAUACAGAGACACCAGGACAAGAGUUUAACAGCAGCAGAAAAACCUUUGGAGUGUGGAUUAAAAAUGACUCAAGGAUUAGACUUUUUCAAAAUAAUAUAGUCUUCAACAGUAGUGGGUCAGUUAACAUCUAUUCAAUGAAUAUUACUGGAGACCUGAGUCAGAAAAACUGCACCACUCUGUUUUCUUAUUUAAACACAAGUCAUUCAGACACAUACUACUUCAGAAUUGAGAACGGACCGUUCAUGGCAACAGCUGAUUGUGAUCAUCUUCAAAUAACAGUUAAAGAUUCCCCUUGGAGACCCACAAUUAACAUCUCAGGUGAUGUGAAGGAGAAGGAGUCUGUCACUAUCACCUGCUCAGCUUUCACUCCCUGUCCACACUCCCCUCCUCAACUCACCUGGAAUCUACAACAAGACCCUCACAACAAAAUAGAGGAAAACACAGAUGGGACCUUUACAACUAAAAUCCAGGAGACCAUCACUCUGUCAGACACACAUGAUGGAAACAACAUCAUCUGUUCUGUCACAUAUCCUGUGAAUGAAGGAGAAGACGUCAAGACAGCAGAGACACAAGAGACUCUCAAUGUUUCAUAUGCUCCUAAAGACACCUCAGCAUCCAUCAGUCCAUCAGGUUUGGUGUUAGCAGGUAGCUGGGUGAAUCUGACCUGCUCCAGCAGAGCCAAGCCUCCCAUCAGACACUUCACCUGGUUCAAGAACAGCAAAGAUGGACCCAUGAACGUAUCUGAAGGACACUUCUACAGCUUCAAUGUGACUGAUGGAGGAGUUUAUUACUGUGUGGCCUCAAAUCAACUUGGUAACCAGACGUCACCGUGGAUUCAUCUGAACGAUGGAGAGUCAAACCGGCAUCCAUUAUGAAGAAGUUCACUUCUCCCAGCAGAGACCUGGACCGUCCUCUGUCUUAGUGCAGGACAGCAGACAGCAGCAGGACAUAAUGUACGCACAGGUCAAAGUGUCUCAGCCAGAAAACCACUUCACACCGACUGCUGACGCUCCAGAGGAUUUCUACGCUCAAGUAAAGCAAAAAUGAGUUCACACCUUCACAGUAAACUCACAAGACGUUAGCUGAUGUAAAAAGACACAGAGACCUGGACAUGAAUAUGUUCCAGCUCAAGACAGGAAACUGUAAACGUCAGUCACUGGCAGCUUAUACGGUUUAUCAUAGUUCCUCUUCGUGUGCCCUUUGUGGUGUCAAAAACAGACUACCGGUCACACACUGCUAAUAAAUAAUAAACAAAGCUGUAAAGAGGAAAUUAGAAAUGCACAACUGUGAGUGAUUUUCACCUCAUUUGCUUCUGAGGUGAAAAUUCCAUUUUCUACUGUUCUGCUAUUUUAUUUUAACUGUCUGCACGCAUUAAAGCAUCAUUGUUUGUGGACUUCAAGAUGUUCAUUAAUUGCACUGUAAU